CGCAACUUCAACGUAUCAAAACUCUCCAUGCUCAUUAUUCGUUCACUCUCCGAUUGAGCUUUUUCGGAGAAACACGUAUAGGUAAUUAAAAUCAAAACAAAUAUGCUUUAAGUUACUGCAACCUCCUUUCUUCCCUUCUCUGUAUUUUAAGCAUCUCAAACCCAUUCAUUGUCUUUGACGUGACGAUCAUGCAGUAACUUGCUGGAGCUCGAAGCUAGUUGAAUGAUAGAUGAUAGAAUGGCGAGUAAUAACGAGGACAAAUUCCCACCAGUCCAGGGCGGUGGCAGUUUGAUUCUGGCCUGGCAGGUCAAGAACAAACAGGUCCUAGUGAUCGGCGGCGGCGAGGUGGCGGCUGGCCGCAUCCUCAACGUUCUCAACGCCGAUGCCAAUGUUACCGUCGUAAGCCCUUCUUCCGGUCUCAAUCCCGAAGUACGGCAUCGUAUCGACAACGACGAGGUCACUUAUAUCGAUCGCGUAUUCCAACCUUCAGAUCUAGAGACAUUACCUCCAAAUAACGGACCUCCCGACAUGGUACUUGUCGCUAUCGAUGAUCCUGCUGCUUCAACUCAAAUCUGGAAGUUAUGCAAGGAGCAUCGCAUUCCGGCUAACAUUGCUGACGUCCCGCCCGAGUGCGACUUUUAUUUUGGAAGCGUACAUCGUGAUGGACCCUUGCAGAUCAUGGUCAGCACCAACGGAAAGGGACCGAGACUCGCUGCCAGUAUUAGGAAGUGGAUCGGGAGUCAGUUGCCCUCAAACAUUGGUGAUGCUAUCGAGAGGAUCGGCUCACUACGUGCUAAGCUACGCCAGAUAGCCCCAAGCCCCGAUGAGGGUCCCAAGAGGAUGCGUUGGAUGACGAGGGUUAGCGAUGCCUAUAGUUGGAAUGAAAUGUGCGGGCUCACCGACGAAGAUAUUGAUAACCUUUUAAAGUUCUAUCCUCCUAACGACGUCCCCCAAUUAGAUAUGCUCCAGGCCAUGCGAGGUGGAAGGGAACCAGAAGAUAUCGAUCUUUUCGAUGGUUCUUUCGGUUUUAGCGUUGUCGCAUAGGCAGCCACUUGGAAGCUCUCUGGAAUGUUUCAGGGGUUGGGCAGAGAUAGUACCUAGUAAAUUAACCAGAGAGACGAGGGAAAUAAUCCAGACUACCCGUCUUUAAUCUAUACGCCCGUUGUCCAGUACCACAUCUUAAGAUAGCUGGGGCCAAACGGAUUUUUUUUUAAAAAAAAAGAGCCAAAUCCACAAUAUACUAAAGGGACUACGAUCAUAAUACCAUACUAUCUUAACAACCCUCAUAAUAAUGUAUAUCUAAAUGCUUAUAAUCCCAUCGACUUCCUAUGUAGAUAUAUACUAAGUCCUUUCCUACAUCUUGUGUUGGCGAAUACGGG